AUGGAGGAUUCUACAAAUAAUUUGAGGUUAUUCAGUUUUCUCCUAUGGCAUAUUUGGAAAGCUAGGAACCAUGCCAUCUUUGAGCAUGAAUUAUUAGAUCCACUAAUGGUUUGUAAUCAAGCAGUUCAAGCUUUUUCAGAGUAUAAAGACAGCUGCAUUCUGGAGACAACUGUAUCUAGUGCUGAUAUUCAUACUAAUGGCAGACAAAAUUCUUGGUUACCACCUCCUGAAGGUACUAUUAAGAUCAAUUAUGAUGCAGCUUCAGAUAGUAACAAGAAAUUUGGCACCAUAGGUAUAGUAGCAGCUGAUUAUUUGGGCAGGAUACUGCCUAGAUUCACAGCUUUUGUUAGAUACAUAUGGGAUCCUCGGGCUUUGGAAUGGUUAGCUUUGCAUACUGCUAUGAAUUUUGCAAUCACCAAAGGCUGGCAGAAUAUAAUUUUUGAAGGAGAUGCCAUUCAAAUUCCUCAUACUCUAACUCGGUUGCAAGCCUGUCCUGCUAAGAAAGAGUCAAAAUCCAAUGACACUAGCGCAACUGCUACUCUAGCCUUCAAUGCCGGCGAGAUCAACCUUCGCGCUUCUACGACUGACGCCACCGUCGUCAAAGGCCUCCGCGCUUCUAUGAUUCCGGCGGUGCAAAUAGCGGCGAUGGUGGUUGCUGCUCCGAUGGUAGUGGUGGUUUUUGCUCCGAUAGUGGCCGAGAUGUUGCUGUGA